AUGAAGCGAGCAGACGCCGGCGACGCGGUGGACGCGGCCCACCCCGCUGCGUGUUUUCACCGCGAGGUGCUGACGUGCAUGAAGUGGUCGGACAUCCGCCGCGACUUUCUCGACGCGCUGCAGACGGCGCCGCACCUCCGCUUCGUGGAACCGAAAAAGUUGUGGCGUCACAGCCAGGAGGCGCUGGGCAAGUGGGUGCUCUCGCAGGUCGCACGCGAUACGCGGGUCGACAAGGACACGCAGGCGAGCGUCGCAUUCUUUCCCACAAAGGCAAUGAUCUCGGCCGGUACGUACGACGAGCAGCUCAUCCGCGACAUCUCGCUCAAAUGCGAGGCGUCGAGCAGUCCUGAAGUUGUCGCGGGCAUCAAGCAGCUGCUGACGAAAUUCAAUCUGUCGAAGCGGUGCGAGGACGCCGCGGCGGAGGUGCUGCUGGAGUUGGAGUCAACAAGCCCCUCUGCCUACUGCAGGCCAACGCUGCGCGUCAUUGGUGCGGAGGAGGAGCAGAGCCGAACCGCGUCACAGCGCCGUGUGCAGGGCUCCGUUGCAGUGAUUGGUGUAGAGUGGCCCAGCCAUAUUGCGCGGCACAUGCGCCGUGGAUGUCCUGCUGUGUCCAUCCCACUCGCAGCGUACAGGAAGCUUGACAUGUGCUACCGUCACUUCGCCGAUAAGGCGGAGAGAGUGCACUACCCUCGAUUGGACUACGAUGCACGUUUUGCCCUCCGAGCGGCGGCACUUGCAAUGCGCUACGAGGGGUGCCUGGCCACAGGAUCGCUGCAGCUGUGCGCUGACACACGGCUGAAGCAGCACCUUCACGCGUCUGGUUACCACGUGAUGGAUCUGUGCGCCUCCCCAAUCAACGCGUACAUGGGCUCGCCCAAAGUGUGCUCACACCGCAACCGUGGUAGCGACAGUGGCUCCUUUCUUGAGUGCGAAGACACGCCGAAUUACUUUUGUAGCGCAUUUUUCGACACGGACCGCUACUUUGGUAGCCUUGGUAGCGCAUUGAAGUUUGACGUGGCGUCGGCGUACAACUCGCGUGAGAUUAACCCGAAUCAAAAACCGCUGCUGUUGACUCUCGACGUGCCUUACGAUGAGGACCUCUGCGAAAAGCUCUUUUCAAAGCUUCUAGUUGAUAUGCAACACGCAGAGGCCGCUGCAACCGCGUCAGCCAAGGAGGUAAAGCCGCCGCUUCCAUAUGUCGCUGAUUACGUGCUGGUGCUUCCGCUCUGGUGGGAUGUGCCGAUGCAGCGGGCGAAGGUUCUCUUUACCGAGGAGGGCAGCAGCCCGCCGCCACCACCGCCAGCGUCGUCGUCCGUGUCAACUGAAUCCACUGCGGGGGAGAAAGCGGCGGCAAGGCUGAGAGACAUCAUAAAGGAACGAAGUGCAACGCUGCAGGAGGGAUACAUGGUGCCGUACGAGUGGCCGCAGCGACUAGCAGAGGCGGCAGGGGAUCGUUGGGUCUCUUUUGACGGCGUCUUUGUUGGUGGCAGCUACGAGUACUUCUGCACCAUAACAAAUAAGUGGCUGAGUGGGGUGACGGCAACAGAAGUUAUUGGAUUAGCACAGCCACGUGCGCAAGAGGGCGGGCCGGCCCUGAAGCCUCUGCUCGACCACUUCUACGGCUGCCAAUAA